AUGGCGGACAGAGUCCUAGCAGCAAAACAAGGCCUAGACACGGACGCCUUGUCACCGAGGGACGUAAAUGUCCAGUUACCAAACCGACCCAACCCCCAGGCAGCCAAGAUAAAAGCAACCGUGGCGGCCAAACCGAUCCCCAAGGACAAGGACCACCCUCCUCCUCCUCCGCCCCUUGUCUUUGAACCUCCCAGCAACGACCGCCACGAUGGCGCAACAUACCAGGUCGGCAAGAUGUUGGGCAAGGGGGGUUUUGCCAUCUGUUACGAAGGCAGGCUGCAGGGCUCGCAGAAGAAGUUUGCGUUGAAGAUUGUCAAGUCCAAGAUGCCCACCAAGAUGGAGCAGAAGUUUCAAACUGAGCUUCAGAUUCACUCCAAGAUGCGGCAUCAGAACCUGGUUCAGUUCCUGCGAGCAUUUGCAUUUGAGAAGAGCACAUACCUCAUCCUGGAACUCUGCCCCAACGGAUCGCUCAUGGAUAUGGUGAAACGUCGCAAGGGCUUGACAGAGCCUGAGGUGCGCUUCUACUCGGUCCAGAUUGCCGGCGCCAUCAAGUACAUGCACGCCAAGGGCAUAAUCCACCGUGAUCUGAAGAUGGGCAACAUCUUCCUUGACAAGCACAUGAACGCCAAGAUUGGCGAUUUCGGUUUGGCUGCCCUGCUGGUCACCGGCAAGGACAUGCACACAAUCAGGAGGACAACCUUGUGCGGCACUCCCAACUACAUUGCCCCGGAAAUCUUGGAGAAGGGAAAGAAAGGACACGAUCACAUGGUCGAUAUCUGGAGUUUGGGAAUCAUCAUGUUUGCCAUGUUCACUUCGAAGCCGCCUUUCCAGUCCUCCACAACCGACGAGAUCUAUCGACGAGCUCGGAACCGGGACUACGAAUGGCCCAUGACAGAGGGCACAAACAAGUACAUCAGCCAGGAGGCUAAAGAGAUCGUCGCCGACAUGUUAGUAGAAGCCGAUCGGAGACCUGAUCCAGAUACCAUUGUGAAGCACGACUUCUUCGUGUCUGGAUACGUCCCAGUCAAGGGCGAAAUCACAGCCACGUUCCGUGACUGCGCUCCGGAUAACCCUGCCUUCUAUGAGGUUGACCAAUCGCCAAAACUUAUUGCACGCAACAUCCGCAAUCUCGAGGAUCUUUGCCGCGACUGCGAGGUGGGCCCUUGGUGCACCACGCAGAAAGUGUAUACCAGCACGUGGAAAGAGGUUGCUCUGGAGGAAAAGGCAGGACUCACUCCCGUAGUUCCGCUGGCCGAGGGAAUCGUGUAUAGGCCGUUCGACGAAGUAAGCCGGGAGCAAAUGCUAGAUCAGGUAUCGCACAAAUCUCAGCUCCUGCUCAAAUCUGGAGAUGACUCGUCUGCGUCACUUCAGAUAGCUCCCAAGGGCCUCCUUAGGGAGCCGCCUCAGAGUUUUGCGGCCCAACAGCGGGCUCAAGGGCGGCCAGGAAAGCCCGGCGCACUGCCUCGCUCCCAGACUUUGAACGAGAUAGGCCCAAUGCCAUCAGCCAGUGGCACUAUGCGAUCUCGGACAAAACGCGAGCUCGUCCGUAGCAACACAGAGGAUAACAUCCUUGCGUUGCCAGCACCCCCUUCAUCCGACAACGUAAGGCUGCCAACCCGUACACUGGCAUCGGCUGCACGGUUCCAGCCUGCAGAGGUUCGAAGACCAGCUGUCGAGAAGCCGCAAGCACGCGUGGUACCACCCGCAGCAGUGUCGGCACCUCAAAAAGCGCCUGUUGAAGCAAGGACGGAAACUCUUUUCAGCCCCUCAGAGCCUCAGACACCAGUACCGGAUACGAAGCCCGACAUGGUACUGGACCGGUUACGGCGUUUGCAGGCUGAGUUGGAACGGGCCUUGAACGCCAGGUCGAUGGCUAUUGUCAGCAAGACAACAGCAAAUACUCCACCGGCACCUCACAUUGUUGUGAAGUGGGUUGAUUACUCCAACAAGUUUGGUUUGGGAUACAUCCUCAACGAUGGAACAGUGGGCUGCGUCUUAAAGAGUCUCCCAGGAAAAGCAAGAGGAGGCAAGACCGUUACUCUGCCCCCUUCUUGUGUCGUUGUGCACGAUGCCGAGAGACACUGCCAACGGCGCCAUGACGAAGCAUACGCAGACCGACACCAAAUUAUUCCCAUGACGCAACCGAUUCAGUUCUUUGAGAACAAUGGCGAAGCUGGUCUUUCGAACGUUCAGGUACACCCUGCGCAGUUCAAGAUCGGUGUGAACCCUGAUGGGACGCCGGGCAAGGUUCCUGUUGGCAAAGACAUCUACGACUAUCGCAAGCGAGAGCAUUUGAUUCUGUGGAAGAAGUUUGCCAAUUACAUGAUGGCGUAUGGCCGCGACCAAGAGGCUCCGACGGACGAGACAGGUCAGGUCCAAGUUCCUGAGUCCACAGCCUCUUCUGCGGCUCCAUGCGACGUUGUCACAUUUUAUCAACGUAUUGGGGAUGUCGGCUGCUGGGUCUUUGCCGAUGGCCAUCUUCAGUUCAACUUCCCCGACCACACCAAGAUUGUCCUGGACUCCACGGCUACCUGGUGUCACUUCUGGCACCUCCCGCAAGAAGCAGCGACGAAAUUGGCAUCGAUUGGUGUUCUUGAUGAGACAGCGCUUGACGAACGUGCGGUACUCAGCUACCCCUUACAGACCCUCCUCAACUUUGCCACGAAACCUGCAAUCCGCCCAAGUCGAUCUCAAACCUCACAGACACGGAAACGCCCUGAAAUUAGCCCGAUGCUUCAAGGCAUACCUGCUGCCAAUGACUUCCGUCGCAAGGUAGAUUUCAUCAAGAACGUGGUCAAGGAGUGGGUCAGCAACGGUGGCAUUGGAAACAGUGACAUGAGCCGCGAGAACCGGCUGAGGUGGACCGGCUGCCGCGAGACCUUUACCAGCGGCCCGAGCAAGCACGUCUGGGUCACCAUCGGAGCCCGCUGGGGCGAUGAGAGAUAUAGUGCCAUGGUGGACCCGAAGAAGCCCCACGAGCUGGGAGAAGAUGUCGAAGAGAGAAGGAGUGUGCCCGCUGCUUAG